AUGGAUAAGAAAGGAACAUCCACAAGCAAUACACAUGGAACAGCAACUUCAGCAUUAUCAUUGAGCAAUGUUAAAUCUCAAAAUUCAUUUUUCGUUUUUGGAAAUGUUUAUGUGACAAAUCAAAGUGAAAAUUUCAAUAGCAAGAAGGUUGAAGAUCCACCUGUUAAGAAUGAAGUGGCAACAAACUUAAAUAAUAUAAACUUGGAACUUAACUUUCUUAAUGAUGAGAUAAAGAAUAAUCACUCGAUGCUGCUUGAAUUGAAAAAGGUUCUGGAAAAGAGAGAAAAACGAAAGGAAAGACGUGCAAAAGCUGAAAAUGAUAGAGUUGCUGCUAAUGUUGCUACCGAUAGUGUUGACUUUUUUCAUCCAAACGUUUUUCAGCCAAGAGUUCAAGAAAUUAAAAGUCGAUUGGAAAUGUUAAAUAAAUAA